AUCCUGAAUCAGUGCACAUAGAGAUGAACUGUCUGUCUGUUUUUCUCUUCUCUUUAUGAAUGCUCUUUUCUGGUGUCGGUGGGAUGUUGGUGGUGAAACAGGUUUUCUAACAACAGAGGAGAGGCAUCUUUAAAGACGACGUCCGUCUUCAUUAGAGAUGAGAGGAGCAGCUAUGAGUUUAACUGCAGCAGCGAGUGGAUUUGUUGUCUUCCUUCUCUCUGUGUCAGUGAUACAGGGUCAGAAUGGCUGGAGAGUGACUUACACCUCUACUCAGAUCUGUGCCUUCAAGGGAUCAGCAGUGGAAAUACGCUGCAGCUACACAUACCCAUCCACAAUAAAUGGCCUUGUUACCAAAGUUAAGAAAAGAUUCUGGUUUACUGAAUUAGGUAAUGGUGAAUCCGUGGAUCUGACAACAAUCUCAGAGUACACACAGCGUGUGCAGUAUCACUCUGAAAACAACGACUGUACUCUGAGAAUCUCAGACCUGAGAGAGAGAGACUCAGCUGAGUACAAGUUCAGGUUCAUAACAAACCAUUCAACAGGGAAAUAUACUGGUUCACCUGGAGUCACUCUGUCUGUUACAGAUCUCCGGGUGCAUGUUAGUGGAUUCUCCACAUCCUCUAACUGGGUAGAGCUGAAGUGUCAGAGCAGUUGUCCUCUACCUGGUCAUCCUUCCUACGUCUGGUACAAGAAUGGACAGAACAUUCAGGGACAAACAUCUGAUUCUUAUUCAGCCUCCUUGGAUCCUGCAGACAGCUUUUCCUGUGCUGUAAGAGGACAUGAGGACUUCCCCUCUCCUUCAGUGUAUGGUCCAAAGCUUCCCUCUGUGUCAGUGAGUCCCUCUGCUGAGAUAGUGGAGGGCAGUUCAGUGACUCUGACCUGUAGCAGUGAUGCUAACCCAGCAGCUAAAUACACCUGGUACAAGGAGAAGCCAGUCUAUAAAUAUCUCAGUGAAGGACCACAGCUCAUCUUCAGCUCCAUCCGGUCCUCUGACUCUGGACAGUAUUACUGUAGAGCUGAGAAUGAAUUAGGGAAAUACAUCAAUAUAAAUGUAAAAUAUGGUCCAAAGCUUCCCUCUGUGUCAGUGAGUCCCUCUGCUGAGAUAGUGGAGGGCAGUUCAGUGACUCUGACCUGUAGCAGUGAUGCUAACCCAGCAGCUAACUACACCUGGUACAAGGAGAAUGAAGACUCACCAAAAGCAUCAGGACAGAUCUUCACCAUCACUGACUUCAGAGCUGAACACAGUGGGAAUUAUUACUGUGAAGCCCAGAACAGAAGAGGACGUCAGAACUCCACCUUACAUCUGAUUGUUGUAGCAGGGAAUUCAACAAUGAUAAUGAAUAUCAUCAGGCUGACUGUGGUGGUCCUGAUGCUGAUUCCUCUGCUGCUCCUGAGUCUGUGGGCGAGGAAGAAGAAAACUCUGAGCUCCACCACUGGACCACAUGAACCUGAAGAGAUAGAGUUAGACUCUUGUCCUGCGUAUGAGAACAUCUCAGACACUGCAGCACAGACAGAAGACCCAGAGGAGCAGGAAGACCUGGUGUGAAGUCCAGUCAGAUGCAGUAGAACCAGAGGCAGGACUCACCUGAUGGAAACAAAGUAGUACGACAUUGAAAUAUCCCUGAGGAGAGCGAGGCUGUGGAGGAUGUGGGGGAAGUGGAUACAUUUACCUUCAACUCCAGAAGAUGUUAUUGUCAGUUUAGAGUAGCAGCAGCAGGUAGGAGUCAGCAGCAGCAUGUAGCAGAACGUUUAGAAGAAUGUGGUGUUGGCAGCUUGAACUGAAUCAUGUCGAGGUGUCAAACAUGACUUAUUGUUCAGAUCAGCUGAUCAGGUACUGUGUGACUUACUGAUGUAUAUGAAAGCUUAUUUUCUACUGUAGAGUUAGUUUUAGGCCAUGUUAUGUUUAAGACUAGGAAGGAUGCACUUCAUUUAGCGAUGAAAAUGAUUUGAUUUUGUAUGUGUAUCUUAAAAAUGUAAUUAUUUAUACCUUAUUAGGUUCAUCUGAAAAUGUUUUGAUAUGGGGAUUUAGAUAAAGACCCAUUGGGGGGGUUGGAAGGGUUAAGGGGGAGAAAA